AUGUCAAAGCUCCAUCUGCAGCAAUGGCAACAGUACAACCCCCUUGAUAAAAGCACAGUCUUGCCGAAUGUUCCAAAAAGUAACAAACUAACUUAUGCAAAAAACGAUGCUGGUGUCUCACAUGAUACACUCAUGCAGCCAAAAGUUGGUUUGACUGGAGUUUGCCCAGCAAGAAGCAGCAUGGAGAUAGAAAACCUUAAGGUUAUGAUGGUGGGAAGUUCUACCUUUGACCUGCCUAGUACAGCCAAAGUAAAGGGGCACAUAAACGAGCAUGAAAAAAAAGUUGAAGCCAAAUCCAGUGUUGUUAAGCCUACCAAUAAACAAGAAAGAUUGAAAAUGCCCGCAAUAAUAAACACAGAGGGUACAACCACACGAGCACCUUUCGUUAGGAGAGCAAAGCCACCAAGUAUGCCUCGAUCAAAAAUUAAAGUAAAACAGAAGCCUCGUCCCAAUGCUCCACCUAACAGUCCUAAAGGUUCGAACUUUAAACACACACUUUCGUCAUCCAGCUUCAAAGAAGUUCUCAGUGAAGGGAAACUGGAUACAUCUACUUCAGCAACAUCUCCAACCAAUGAAGGCACGGUGGUGUCUGUGGAGAUCACAGAAGCAACUACCACUCCUGUCAGGUCAAUUGAUGACAUGAUUCAGACCCUUCGAUCUUCGAGACAAGCGAGUGGAAGCCACAAAUCCAUGUCCGAUGUCAAGAUUGAUGAAAUAUUACAGCAGGUCAUGUCACAUGCAAAGGAAUGGAUGGAAGAAGAGGCCCCCACUGUUGAGCCUCAAGCUUCCUUUUCCUUGUUCGAGGAAGAGAUACAGACAAGUGACGCAGAAGAAGUUGAGAAGAAAGAUGAAGAUGUUGAAGCUGAGGAUGAAGAUGAAAACCAAGAAGUGACGAUUGAAAUUGAUAUCUCAGACACAGUAUCAACACUUGCUAGUCAGAUCUCUGCCACUGCUGGAAUCCCUGAUUGUUCUUCCAUCCUGAUGAGGAAGUCCUCCCAUGCUCUUAGAGGAGGAAGCUCCCAGUUCAGUGCAACAUCUUCUCCUGCUGCCAUGAUGCAGGAUGAAGAAGAGGCUUUGGAUUACGAGCAAGCUGUUCAAGAUUUGCACCAAACCCUUGAUGUUAGAAAUGAUGACAUCAUCAGUAUUCAAGGGGGAAUUCCCCCUCUUAUUGAAAAACCUGCAAAACCAAGCUCCAGUGAUGAUGAAGGUAUUGGAAGCGAAUCUUCCUCGGAAAAACCAAUACCCUUCUUCCCCACUGGAGGGCGUAUUCAUCGACUUUGUCUUCUCCCGGCCAUCGAUGAAAUUUCAAUCACCCCUAGGGAGUAUGCGCUAUCAAAGGUGACCCACGCUGGGAAUUUCACAAAUCAGGGUGACUCGAGCAUAUUGGCCCAACAAGUGCAGAAAGACACCAGAAGGCCCCAAUUUACUUAUGAAAGUUCACCUGAAUUUUCAACCAACGAUAAAAACAUCGAGAAGAAGAUAGAAGCAAACCACUUGGAUUCCAGUAAGCUUGAUCCACUUGAUAUUGAUGGUUGGAAGAGAUUGGUGGAACAUGAAAUGGAAAGGAAAGAUUACACUUUGUGUGGAACUAAUGUCCAAACUAAAGAAUGGGGUUUAUGGCGAAUGUUGUGGACAACUGCUCCACCAAAGAUGGCUCUUUCUACUUCUGCUGUGAAGGCAUUGGUGUUCCCUAAGUACCAUGGAACCAUAUCCACUAUUGAAGUUGGUAGCCACAGUCAGUUGGCGAAAACAGAGGAGCAGAUGACUGUGAUGAGCUUGGAGGAAGAAGAGAAGACAGAAUUCAACAUCCGGACUUUAUUUAAAAGACAUAAAUCACUUUCUGACUUAACACAAGAGACAGAAGAGAAACCACUGAAGAAAAAUUCAUCUAUACCUAAUCUAGCCAUACAUACAGAGGACAGGGCACAUUUACCAUCAAUGGUACGAACAAGUUACACCACAGCAAUGGCUGAAGUGAAAAAACAGAAGGAGCUUGUUUUAGAUCAACAUAAAAAAGAUCAUAUGAAAGAUGAUUCUGAUCACCAACUAUCCGAUCGAUCACGUGAAGCUGUCAAUAUUUCACAAGCUACAAUUGUAACACAUGCAAAAACAGAACAACCACUUGUAAGUGGUGGUAAAGAAAUACCAGCAACAGAUAAAACAUCUCAGUUAAGUUUAGCUGCCCAAGCAAGAGAAGCUGGGAGAGAUUAUGUCGUCUAUAGUAAACGUAACCUGCGAUCAAAGCAUAGCAAGCGCUUUGUGCUCAGCGCUCGUAAAUCUCUCACCUCGUACAUUCCUCUUCAUUUGAUCCGCUCAAGAUCAGUUGAUUCCUUUAUCACUGAUCCUGUAUUCCAAGCAAUAUCCAGGGUUGGGAGAGGAAAAACCAAAACAGGUUGUCUUCCAAAGGGAAAAUUGACUAGAACCAGGAGCAUUCCACGAUUCAUGGAAUUUGAUUGGUUCAUUGGAAGGCAUCAAAAAUAUUCUGAACCAAUAGAAGACGUUCGUGAGUGGGUGCGUGAUAUAUGGAACACCUGGUUUGACGAGCUCUUUCCUGCAACAUCUUCUGAAGAAAGCUCUUAUUACUCCGAGGAUGAGAGUGAUGAUGUCAUUGAGAGCAGGGAGGAAAGAGGAGAUGUGGUGAAGAGAGAGCAUAAAAAUGUUCCUGUGCCCGACACCAUCCCUCCAGCUAUAACUGUCACCUCUGAAGAGAUUGAGGAACCAGAAGAAAUGAUGAGGUCGGAAGUUGAGAGGCUCACAGAUGAUCUGCAUCACCUUCCGGAGGAGCAAGUGGCAAAAAAAGCGUGUCAUCUUUCAAGACGAGGAACAUUGCUUAGAAAACUCGGAGAAAUAAAAAUGGCAAAUGAGGACCUGAAUGAAGCAAUUUCAAUAGAGCCUCGAUUAGUGCAAGCCUAUUGGCAGAGACAUCUUAUUAAACUUUUGCAUAACCAACAACAUGAAGCACUUGAUGAUUUAAACACUUUAUUAAAAAUUGACAAGCUCAAUGUAGAUGCUUACAGAUCUCGUGCAGAUAUUUUUGCCUCUUUGGGUGAUUACACAAUGUCUAUUGUAAACUAUAGUCAAGCAAUUAAACUUGAUCCUGAAAAUGAAGAGACUUAUUUCCAACGUGCUCAGAAGUUUGAAAAGACAGGUGACAUGUUGUUAGCUAUGGAAGAUUAUGGAAAUGUAGUUCGUUUAAAUCCAACAAGAACAGAUGCGUUACUUCGUCGCGCAAAGUUUUAUUUUAAGAAGAAGUCUUGGCAUUCUGCUGUUAAUGAUUUUACGCAACUUAUUGAGAAGGAACCGCUUAAUUCACAUGCAAGAUCAUAUAGGGGCAGAGCAUAUGCAGCCAUGGGUCAGAGUGAGAAUGCUCUGGUUGACUUAUCGGCUGCAAUACAUCUCGACCCGACCAAUGCUGCUGCUUUUUUCCACCGGGGGUCACUGUUGAGAACGGCAGCUCCAGACAGAGCAUUACAAGAUCUAAGCAUCUCGUUUUUGCUUGAUGAUACUGAACAAAAUGUCUUAGCAUUACUCCACCGAGGUAUAUUAUACUCAGAGUUAAAGAAAUAUCAAGAGGCAAUGGCUGACUUUGAACAAACACUUAGACUUGACCAUUCAAUGGCAUGUGCGCAUGUAAACAUCGGACUCAUUCAUCUGCAGGUCACAGAUAAUUAUUGGGAAGCAAUUAGAAGAUUCACGUUUGCCAUUAAAGGUGACCCAACAUAUACGAGGUCUUAUGUUUGUCGAUCUGAUGCUUUUGCCCGUAUAAAUGAUUAUCAAUCUGCUGUCCGUGACAUUACAAGAGCCAUCCACCUUCAACCAACGGAACGUCAUUUAUAUCUCAGACGUGGAAAACUCCUUUUGCAGCUGAGGAAACUUAAACUUGCUGCAUUCUGUGUAAGGCAUAUUGCUACACUGGAAAAGGGGUUUGUUUCCACCUCACCCACCCAACAAGCUGUCGUUCAAUCUUUCCUUGGCAACCACACGGCAGCAGUAGAGAGUCUUAGUUCAGCAUGUAGAUUAAAACCGAAGCCUCAUAUGUACGUCUUGCUGUCUAAGACACUUAUGAAGGGAAAGAGAUAUAAAGAAGCAAUAACUAACUUGAAAAAUGCAUUGGAACUUUCAACCUUGUACACAUAUGGAGCGACCACCAGCACUGCAAAUGAAGCACCACCGGAGGCAGCAGAGAUUCAUUUCCUAUUAGGACAAUGUUACACCGAACAGUUGCAACACACGGAAGCAUUACAAGCUUAUAAUCAAGCUCUUAAAGUAAACCCUGAGUUAGCAGAAGCAUACUACCAGCGUGGUUUGUGUCGGUUAAAACUCGAUCAUUCAAAAGGAAUCCAAGAUUUGAAUCGAGCACUUGCCCUUCAACCUUUAUUAUUUGAAGCUUAUCUUAGCAGAGCGGCUUACUAUAGUACUAAGGAGAGGUACAGUAAGGCAAUAUUAAAUUGCAACGAAGCAUUACGUCUUCGUCCUAAAAGUGUUCGUGCGUUAUUAUGUCGUGGUGGCCUCAAGUUUCGGAUCAGCGCUUACCGUCAUGCUCUGACGGACCUCUCUGCUGCCAUCGAGUUAGACAAGCAGUGCUCAUUUGCAUAUUACAACAGAGCUGUCGUGCUGCAAGCAAUGGAGAGAUACCCACAAGCACUAAUGGAUUACAGCAUCGUGCUCGUGCUCACUGACGCAGAUAAAAACUCGGAUUCAAAGUCACUUCGGCUCCGAGUUUUUGUGAACCGAGCUCUUCUUUACCUGAAGAGCAAUCUAAGAGAUGCGAGAAAUGCAGCUCUUGAUCUUGAAGAGGCGACUCUUCUUAAUCCAAAAGACACUUACUUGACAGAAGCCUAUAACUCCUACACACGUUGCUUGGAUGUGGAUCCAUAUUUCCUCACAGCUUAUGUUGGUCGAGGGGAUGUAUUCGCUGAUGCUGGACAACAUGAUAAUGCACAAGGAGAAUACCAACGUGUUCUUAAACUUGAUCCUUCAAAUGUUGACGCGCGGGUACAUCUGGGGUACAGUUUGCAAGUAUGUGGACAUCUGCAACAAGCAUGGAACCAAUUCACAGCAGCAAUUGAACUUGAUCCGAAAAGUCAAUCUGCAUUAGAAGGUCGCGCUGUGACAUGCCUUCAUGCAGGCAACAGUGAUGCUGCAUUAAAAGAUGUCAAUCUAGCUUUAAGGAGUGGCCCUCCUUCUGCAAGACUGUUAACUGCAUGUGGAGUGGUACAUCAGUCUAUGAGUGACUUGCACACGGCAAUGGCUUAUUAUAAUAAAGCAAGAUCAUUGGAUCCAACUUAUAUUCCUGGUGUGUUUAACUGUGCUGUGCUAUAUAUGAGGAACAGACAAUUCUCUGAAGCAGCCGAGUGUUUAGAUUUGGUGCUUGAUGAAAAUCCGGAUGAUACAGCUGCUCUUCUUAACCGGGCAAUCGCUCAUAUAUUCCUUAAGAAAACAGAGGUUUGA